UGCUUUCCUGCUCAUUCGAUGCUGAAGAGCUGAAAUCGCCAACGGGCUCAGGAUCAUGCUGGCGUUCGCUGCUGUGUGGGAUUAGCCUCACCUGUCCGCUGCAGAAGGCCGGCCCCAUCGCACCUCACGGCUCCCGCGCGUUUCCUCUCCUUCCCUGUGAUGGCUGAUUGGAGCUGGGUAGCCUACACGGCACUGGAAGCGCUGGUUGCCGCGGCGUGUUGCCUUGGUAACGUGCUGGUCGUGUGUGCGGUGUGUGUGGGGAUCCGGGACUCUCUCCGCGAGCCGACCUUCUGCUUCCUGGUGUCCUUGGCGGUGGCGGACCUCCUCGUGGGGGUGGCCGCCGUUCCUCUGGCGGUUCUGCUGGACGGCUGGGCGAGCCUGACCCCGGACCUGUGCCUGCUGCUCAGCUGCGUGGUGCUGGUGCUGACACAGGCCUCUGUCCUGUCCCUGCUGUGCAUCGCUGUGGACAGAUACCUGCGGUUGCACACACCACUGAGAUACAAAGCUCUGGCCACACAGAGGCGCACCUGGCUGGCCGUGUGCGUGUGCUGGAUGCUUUCCUGUUUACUGGGCUUCACACCUCUCUUCGGCUGGCGCAACCCCUCCUCCUACAACUCCACCAAUUCGUCCUCAUCUCCCUCCACGUGCACCUUCCUCUCGGUCGUAUCGCUCCCCUUCAUGGUCUACUUCAACUUCCUGGGAUGCGUCAUGGCACCUCUGCUGGUCAUGAUCCUCCUCUACGUGCGACUCUUCUGGAGCCUGCAGCGGCGCCUGAAGGAGAGCUACCCCCAGACUCGGGCCCCGCUGCUCAGGGAGCGGAGGCUGGCCUGCUCCCUGGCCCUGGUCCUCGUGUUGUUCGCCAUCUGCUGGAUUCCCCUGCACCUGAUAAACUGCCUGCUUCUGUUUUACGGCCCCCAAGCUGUCACGCAGUCAACGCUUUACGCAGGUAUCCUCCUGUCUCACGCCAACUCAGCCGUCAACCCCGUGGUCUACGCCUGUCGCAUCCCAAAGAUCCGCCAGGCCUACAGGCAGAUAUGGAGGCCCGUCUUCGUGAGACUAAGCUGUUGCCAUAGGGACAAGCAAGUUCAGCAAUCAAUAGCAGGCAGACAAGCCAAUCACACAGAGGCACGUGGACCAGGAGGUGAAAGCAACAGGAUCAGGAUUUAAGAGGUGUCACUUACGGGACUUUGCUGAAUUUUACGCAACUUGUCCAACAAACAUUUACAGCUUCACUGCAGACACUUACACAGGCCGCCAGUGCUUUCCUGAAAUUGUGAAAUGCCCGCUUAUGACUUACACAAGAUAUUAAAGCGAUCUUGAGUGUCUCCACUAGAGGGUACUCUACACUAACAAGCACAACAACAGCUGCUGAGCUCAAACCUUCAAAGCAUCACAAUGUCGAUGAUGAACAAACAACAGCAAGACCUCUUUCACUGAUUUUUUUAUGCAACUUAUUUCAGGCAAGUCUGACUUUAUUAAAAUAUAUAAAUCAUUGGAGUACAUUGCAGACAAAUUCAAUAAAUUCAGCAUCAGUCCUUCAGUGCACACACAGCAGAUACAGUACUUAAACUUUUGUAUUGUAAUGAGUAAUAUCUGAGAAUAAAGGUUGACUUGCCUUGAGAAUAUGAGCUCCUCAGGGAAGGCAAUAGACUGUAUAGUUAUCACCUGAGCGGGGUGUGAUCCCACCCA